CUGAGUUCUAUAUGCGUAGGUACCCUACUUCAACCUGUAGAACUUCCAGCCCCUGCAUCACUGAGGUAGUUUCAGCAGCAUCCAAGGGCUUCAAGCAGAAACGCGAUGCCAUCAUACUACAAAUACUCAAACUAUAGUACUCCAUCUGGGGGAGUAAGACGAACAUCGGUGUCCAGAACAUCGUAUUCAAGUAAUUCUGGUGAUCCUAGCUCCAACUACAGAAGCAGCUACUCUUACAACGACUCGUACUCUUCGAAAACCGGCUCAUCUUCAGAAUGGAAAUCUAACAACAAUGGCCUAGUAACGAGUUACUCUGGAACCGGCAAGGAUAUAUUUGAUGCAAUUAGCAAUGCGGAAAAAGCCAAGGGCUUUAAGGAUCAGGACUAUAACAAACUGAAAGACAACUGCAGGCGAUCCGGACGCUUGUUUGAAGAUUCCGUGUUUCCCGCUGAUAAUAGAAGUUUGUUUUUCAGUCAAGCCUCACCUCGGAAAUUUGAGUGGAAGAGGCCCGGGGAACUCACUGAUAACCCUCAGAUGUUUGUUGGCGGUGCAAGCAGGUUUGAUGUGGCGCAAGGCAUGCUAGGAGAUUGCUGGUUUUUGGCUGCAAUUGGAGCAUUGACGCAACACGACCAAAUGCUUGACAAGAUCAUACCACGUGAACAGUCUUUCGAGAAUGAUUAUCAAGGGAUCUUCCGAUUUCGUUUUUGGCAAUACGGCGAAUGGCGGGAAGUUGUUGUGGACGAUCUAUUGCCAACUUACAAUAAUCAGCUCGUGUUUACCCAUUCGACUAAGCCAAAUGAAUUCUGGUCCGCAUUACUGGAAAAGGCAUAUGCUAAACUUAAUGGCUCGUACGAAGCCCUGAAAGGUGGUCAAAGUAGCGAAGCAUUAGAGGACUUCACUGGUGGCAUGUGCUUGUCUAUAACCCUCAGCAAUGCCCCGAAGAAUCUGUUCUCGUUGAUGAUGAAAUCGUCCAAAUUCCAAUCUCUGAUGUGUUCAGCGAUUGAUGCGAAAAAUGCAGCUGAGGUCGAAGCUAAGAUGAGCAAUGGGUUGGUAAAAGGCCAUGCCUACACCAUUUCAAGCGUGGCAAAGGUGAAUGCUCGUGGCCGCCGUGGUCCAAUUGAAGUUGAUCUGAUUCGUGUGAGGAAUCCAUGGGGCAACGAGAGAGAGUGGAAUGGGCCAUGGAGUGACAGCUCUCCUGAAUGGCAAUUGCUUUCUCAAGAAGAAAAGAAAAGCCUUGGUCUUACAUUUGAUCACGAUGGUGAAUUCUGGAUAUCCAUGCAAGACUUCGUUGAAAAUUUCACAAAGCUGGAAGUCUGCAUGUUGAGUCCGGAUAACUGCGGUGAUGUGGAUGGCCAUCAAUGGCAAAUGCUUUUGCAUGAAGGUGAAUGGCAGGCCUAUGUUAGUGCAGGAGGCUGCAGAAAUUAUCCGGAUACGUUCCACACUAAUCCGCAGUUCAGAAUCACUCUGGAGGAUCCAGACGAUGAUGAUGAAUUAGAUAAAUGUCAGCUUGUUGUUGGUUUACUUCAGAAAGGCAGAAGAAAGCUGCGACUUCUUGGAAAGGAUAACCUUACAAUUGGUUUUGCUAUCUAUAAGGUCGAAGAUGACGCAAAACAGUAUAUGGUGGAUGGACGUUUGGGAAAAGACUUCUUUCUUUACAACAAAAUGGUUGCAAAGUCGGAUUCUUUUAUCAAUGCUCGUGAAAUUGUUGGGAGAUUUAGCUUGGACCCUGGCAAUUACGUCAUCGUUCCAAGCACGUUCUACCCUCACGAAGAAGGCCAAUUUCUGCUUAGGCUUUUCUCUGAAAAGAAACACGAUGGAGGCAAAAUGGAUACACAAACGAAGAUUGAAAAACGACAACCAGUGCCAGCAAAGAAUGAAGGAAAGUGGAUAGAUGAUACGCUCAGAAAGGUAUUCGAAAGAGUGUCAGGAAAUGAUGAAGUUUUAGAUGCUUUUGAAUUAGGACAAGCAAUGAACUUGGUGUUUAAAGAAGAGUAUGGAAGCAUGGAGGAGUUUGGAUUGGAAGCUUCGCGGAGCUUGCUGAUUUUUGCUGACUCGGAUCAUUCAGGAAAGGUAGAUCUAGGUGAAUUCAGAAACCUUUUCAAAAUGGUGGUUGGCUGGAGAAACUCAUUUAAAGAAUUCGAUAAAGAUAAGAGUGGAGAUAUGGAUGCAUAUGAAUUGAGAGACUUGCUGUCAAAGCUUGGCUACACCCUUGGGACCGACAUUCUCGGGUCUGUUGUGAGACGUUACUCUAACAAAAGAGGUCGCGUGAACUUUGACGACUUUGUACAGAUAUGCUGCCGUAUCAAGUCAGUCUACGGUGCCUUCAAAAGGUUCGAUGGAAAAUCAUUUUCAAAAGAUGAUUUCCUCAAGUUUGCCAUAUACACAUGAGUAUGAAGUUUGCUGCAUGGAUAAAGAGUCUUGACAUUUAACAUUUUUGCUACGUAUAAAUAUUUGUAUCGAUUAACUUGAAUUCACUGCCAGCACUACCAGGGUAUAGUUUUAA